AUCAUCGCCUGGCCUGGCCGGAAAAAGCCUACAGAAAGUCCCCGAAGUCAUCCAAUUCUCCAGCCACCAAGAGGACGGGGCAGAGGGCCGCCCCGGGAGGCCAAGCCCCGCCCCUGCCCACAGCGGAAACCGGAAGCAGCCGCAGGCCCCGCUAGCCCUGCGGCGCCGAACUCUAUAGUCUCCGAAGCUCGCAGGACUGGGGUGAAGAUGGCGGAGGAGUUCUCCAACACGACCCAUGAGAGCUUCAACUUCACCCUUCACACCACCUUGGGUGUCACCACGAAGCUGGUGCUGCCAACACCAGCCAAGCCUAUUCUUCCGGUGCAGACAGGAGAGCAGGCCCAGCAGGAGGAGCAGUCAAGUGGCAUGACCAUUUUCUUCAGCCUUCUCGUCCUAGCCAUCUGCAUCAUCCUGGUGCACCUGCUGAUUCGGUACCGACUGCACUUCCUGCCUGAGAGCGUGGCUGUUGUUUCUCUAGGCAUUCUCAUGGGAGCAGUUAUAAAAGUUAUAGAGUUUAAGAAGCUGGCAAAUUGGAAGGAGGAAGAAAUGUUUCGCCCCAACAUGUUUUUCCUUCUCUUGCUCCCGCCUAUCAUCUUUGAGUCGGGAUACUCACUUCAUAAGGGGAACUUCUUUCAAAACAUUGGCUCCAUCACUCUCUUCGCUGUCUUUGGAACAGCAAUCUCAGCCUUUGUAGUAGGUGGAGGAAUUUACUUCCUGGGUCAGGCUGAUGUAAUCUCUAAACUCAACAUGACAGACAGUUUUGCGUUUGGCUCCCUGAUAUCUGCAGUUGACCCGGUCGCCACUAUUGCAAUUUUCAAUGCACUGCACGUGGACCCUGUGCUCAACAUGCUGGUGUUUGGAGAAAGCAUUCUCAACGAUGCAGUCUCCAUUGUCCUCACCAACACGGCUGAAGGUCUAACAAGAAAACAUAUGUCAGAUGUCAGUGGGUGGCAAACGUUCUCACAAGCCCUCGGCUACUUCCUCAAAAUGUUCUUUGGCUCUGCAGCGCUUGGCACGCUGACUGGCUUGAUUUCAGCAUUAGUGUUGAAGCACAUUGACCUGAGGAAGACGCCUUCCCUGGAGUUUGGCAUGAUGAUCAUUUUUGCUUACCUGCCAUAUGGCCUGGCGGAGGGUAUCUCACUCUCAGGCAUCAUGGCGAUCCUGUUUUCUGGCAUCGUGAUGUCACACUACACACAUCAUAACCUCUCCCCAGUCACUCAGAUCCUCAUGCAGCAGACCCUCCGGACUGUGGCCUUCCUGUGUGAAACAUGUGUGUUUGCAUUUCUUGGCCUCUCCAUUUUUAGUUUCCCUCACAAGUUUGAAAUUUCCUUUGUCAUCUGGUGCAUAGUGCUGGUUCUGUUCGGCAGAGCUGUCAACAUCUUUCCUCUGUCUUACCUGCUGAACUUCUUCCGAGAUCACAAAAUCACCCCCAAGAUGAUGUUCAUCAUGUGGUUCAGUGGUCUUCGAGGGGCCAUUCCCUAUGCGCUGAGCCUGCAUCUGGGUCUGGAGCCCAUGGAGAAGCGCCAGCUCAUAGGCACCACCACCAUCAUCAUUGUGCUCUUCACCAUCCUGCUGCUGGGCGGCAGCACCAUGCCCCUCAUCCGCCUCGUGGACAUCGAGGACGCCCGGGCUCGCCGAAGGAGCAAGAAAGACGUGAACCUCAGCAAGACUGAGAAGAUGGGAAAUGCUAUCGAGUCAGAACACCUGUCUGAGCUCACUGAGGAGGAGUACGAAGCUCACUACAUCAGACAGCAGGACCUCAAAGGCUUCAUGUGGUUGGAUGCCAAGUAUCUGAACCCCUUCUUCACACGGCGGCUGACACAGGAGGACCUUCACCACGGGCGUAUCCAGAUGAAAAGCCUCACCAACAAGUGGUAUGAGGAGGUCCGUCAGGGACCAUCGGGCUCUGAGGAUGAUGAGCAGGAGCUGUUCUGAGCCCACAGUGCCUCCCAGAGCCUCCUCAGAACACAAGAUGGUAGGUCAAGGGCUAGUCCUAGCUAGGAAGCUUCAGGCCUUUGGAGCAUGCUGGCUUCCGAAAUGUGAUAGGCUUCUAUGACUCAUGGAACCAGACAGACCCAGGCCAGUGUUGUUCCUGGGCCUGCAGAGGACGGCAGUCGCCAGCCUCCUUCUGCCUCUCUGCCAGGCCACAGAGAAAACUUUGGGAGGCUGCUUGCUCAUCUCACACCAUGUCUGGGCCAUGCCUUCCUCACACCUCUGGAGCAGCUGCUGGCGGGCACAUCUGCCAUUGUCUCUGAAUUGUCAAGGUGCCUUGGUGUCGGCAGCAGCAACCUCGACCUGUACCAAGGCCAAGAGACUCUGAAG